UAUCUAGGAGGGAUAAAAGGAACUACGAACUGGGCUUGCGGGAGUUGCCGUUGGCCUGGAAGCGGCCUCGCCUGCAGCUUCCAGUUGUGCAAAAACAGUAUAAGAACCACGUGUGAAAUAUAAAAGGAUAAAACAUUAUACGUAUGUUUUAACGUUAACUAAUGAGUAUCGAUUAUCUUAAAAUAUGCUUAAACGUUUUGUUUUGUUAAAGUGAAUAGUUGUGGUCUAUAAAUAAACCGUAAACUUUUCUUUCAAUACACGAGCUGCGAUAUGCAUGCGUAGUGUGGCGGGCUAUAGCGGGCUGGAAGCUGUGGUGAAGAGAGCUUCCACGCCAGAAUAAUGGCGAGUAGUGAGGUUUCUCAACCUGGAUUUUCAGGUAAUGCUUUUUUGUUGGACUCAGAGGAAUCAUGCGUCAAUAAUUGUAAAUGUAUUAUAGAAAAACUAAUAAACAGUCCGUUUAGUGCUUUAACUUUUGAACAAAAAAAUGAAAUAAUCCUCAGUGGCAGACCUAUACCUCCGUUAGCUCUGGAGACAAAAGUAAAAGCAUUUACUAGGCAUUUUCAUCCACGCACUUACGAACAUAUAACCUGGUUAUGUGGCUGCAAGAAACUGAUGAAACUUUUUUGUUGGCCUUGCUUACUCUUUUCAAAAGAAAAUUCAGUGUGGAGUACUUCCGGUUUUUGCGAUUUAAAUAAUCUUCAGAAAGCAGAAAAACGGCACAAAUUAUCCCACAGCCAUAUUAUGUGUUUGAAAGAACUCACGGUAAAACACGUAUUGAAUUCGCGGUAAGCAGUCAGUAUCGGCUAGGCAUUGAGAUGCAUAAUGAGAAAGUGCGGAAAAACAGACGGAUCGUGAGCCAUCUGAUAAGAGCAACUUGUUUUUUGGCUAAACAAGAACUGGCCUUUCGUGGUCACGAUGAGUCUACUUUGUCACUUAACAAGGGUAAUUAUAUAGAAUUUCUUAAUGAAUUGGCUGAAUAUGACAAUGAGCUCAAAGCUCACCUUGAGAACUCAACAGUUUUCACAGGUUUAUCGAGUGACAUCCAGAAUGAUAUUCUGUUUUCUCUGUCUGACUUACUGAUACGUGAAGUAAAAAAAGAAAUAUCGGAGUCACCUUUUGUGGCACUGAUUUUGGAUGAGACAACCGACAUAUCAGUCAAAUCUCAAUUAUCCUCAGUACUACGAUAUGUUACAAGAAAUGGGGAUGUUGAGGAAAGAUUUUUAAAGUUCGUGGAUGUCAGUGAUGAUAGAACAGCUAAUGGACUUUACCAACAUGCCAUACAAAUUUUAGAAGACUUUAAAUGUGUCGAUAAAUUAGUAGCGCAGACAUAUGAUGGAGCUGCAGUGAUGGCUGGAGAGCAUGGUGGACUACAAACAAAACUUAGAGCAGUCUGUGAUCAAGCUAUUUUUGUUCACUGUUACGCCCACAAGUUAAAUCUUGUUCUUUCGCAGUCUGUAAGUUACAUCAAACAGUGCAAGGUAUUUUUCAUCUCUCUAACAGCGUUUGGCAGUUUUUUUGGAAAAUCAACGAAGAGGAUGCAGGCUCUAGAUGCAGAGGUGAAAAAGAGGUUUCCCGCGCUUGCUCCAACUCGCUGGAAUUACAAUAGUAAGCUUGUAGAAACUGUGAACGAACACAAGGAAAAUAUAGCAGAUCUUCUAAGAGCUAUGAUAGAAAAUGCUGACAAGUGGGAUUCCGAAACAUUAUGUUCUGCCCGUGGUCUUUUAUCACAUUUGAAUGAUUUCGAUUUUAAUUUCUUUCUUGUCAUAUUUUCGUACAUUUUCCCGCAUUCUGAUUCAAUUUUCCAAAUACUUCAAACUAAAAUCAGUGACAUAAAUUUCUGUAUGAAGAAGAUUGAAAACUUUAAAACCUUUCUAAACGAUUUUAGAAAUGAUUUUGACCGAGUGUGGGGAAAUGUUUGCUCAGAGUGUGAAAAUACUCUCCCAACAGCAAAACGCGCUCGUGUAGAUUUUUCCUCGGGUGAGGAUAGAAAAGUUAUUUACAGAAGACUUUUUUUUCAAAUUGUGGAUGCCAUUAUUGUGCAUGUAAAUCAAAGAUUUUCAGAAGUACCCAAGCUAAAAUUCGUAAGCUUGUUGGAUAGAAAACUUUUCCUUCAGCAUUCACAAAACUUCCCAGAAGAAGCUUUCGUAUCUCUGAAGAAAAACUACGGGAAAUUCUUUGAUUUACCAAGCUUAAGAAGUGAGUUGUACGUUUUAUUCACGGACAGUGACAUGCACAAAUGUACUGUGUCAGAUUUCCAAUUGUAUUUGGUAGCAUCCGAACUAAGUGACGUAUUUCCAGAAACACUAAAACUGUCAAAGCUUAUCUUGACAAUGCCAGCUACAAGUGCUUCAGCUGAGAGAUCAUUCUCAGCUUUGAAGCGAAUUAAAGACUACUUGCGGAACAGCCAGCGUCAGGAAAGAUUGUCUGCCCUUGCACUACUCAGCAUUGAAAAAAAACUUCUGCAGAAACUACGUCGUGGAUCAUCUUUUAAUGAUGAUGUGAUCGAUAUCUUCGCAACUAAAAACCGCAGAAUUGAGCUGAAAUAUAAAAUUUAAGUGUUGCAGCGGUUUGCUGCGCGGACCGGAGUCGAAGAGGAGAGAUGGGCCGUGCCUGCCACGAGGCGGACGUGCUGACUGGCGCUCAGCGGGGGACGUAGUCAAAACAAGCGGUGCACUGGGCAGCAAAUCGAAUGCCCUGACAAUGCAACACGAGGUAAUGAGAGCACCUGCAACGCCCUCUACCAGUAUUGUCCGAUGGUGGCAGCACCUUUUACAAGCCCAAGCUAAGGGGGUGAACUUAACUUAGCCAUGUCUACCUAGAAAAGUACUGAUGGGUAAGUAAUCUUUUAGUAAAUGGCUGUAAUGGAUUGAGAUUUGUAAGUUUUGAUCACGUAUUCAUUUAAGGGUGUAUUUUGGGAAAGCCUCACUACGCGAAUAAGUUUGAAAAUGGUUUAUUAAGUACGUUUAAAGUGAAAAAGCAUUCCAGAAAACUACUGCACCGAGUUCUACACACUGCUGCGUCCAUUAUUUAACUCCUUCACGGAGUGUGUAAGUACUGUACUGCACAUAGUCAUUUCUAUGAACAUGUCAUGGUUCCUGCGUAUGAAGUAUUGUGUGACAAUUAUUAGGAACUUUAGCUUUGGUAAUAAAUCACUCGCCUCCCAUUUGGAUGAACAGUAUAAACUUUAUAUAAUUUUUUUUGUAUUAUCCUGUUUUGCUAUCCACAGUGCAGUGAUAAGGUUCACAAUGGCCCAUAAUUUUUAUAAAUUUAUUUUAUUGUUAUAUUUUACGUAUAUAUUUUCUUGAUUGAAUAUUUACCUUUAUGUUUCAUAUUUUUUAAUAAGCAUUAUAAGUUUGCAUAAUAAGUCUUUGUUAUAUCCAGGGAAGCUGAUCAAGUCAUUUAUAAAUGUGUGCAACAUCUUUGAAGGCAUAUAAAAUAUGUUUGCGUUAAUCUGUAGUUUAUUAAUGCCCCACUUAAGGUCUUGCGUGGUGAAUGCAGUUCGUCUUCAAGUUUUUCUAUGCUUUUGGAUUUUUUUGCUAAUUUUUUUUUCAUUGGCCCAGCACUUGUGGAUUGUAGGCGGUGUUUGGGUCGGCAUUUGUUUCUGCGAGGAAUAAAAUAAGUAAAAUACUUUUCUAGUUUUUGCCGAUUUUGCAACGACCGUCCGCAGAGUGUAAGGGGACGUCACUCGUUCGUGCCCUGGGAAGGGCAAGAACGGUUUCAACACAACACAACUUCCUGUCGCCAAAUGAUGGUUUGUUUACCCCCUUUUUUUUAUCUCUUUAGAAAGGCAAAUGGGUCGGGCCAUGAAAAUUUCGUUAAAAGAUCCCGAGAGUAGCUGGCAGUUAAAACACUGUAGCAUCGUCUGUGUUUCGUGAUUGGGUGAGUUACUUUGAGGUGCAUGUCGAUUGUUACAACAACCAAUCAUACUAAUUCAGUGUGGAAGCCAACUCGUCCUUAGUGGCUCGUUCAAACAAUGCAACGACUUCUCUCGCAGACGGCCGCCAAUCACAAGGAAGAAACCGCUGGUGUGGGUAUACCUUGUUGCAGUCUAGUAGGCGUUCAGAUUUUUACGCAAAAAUUUCCUGCCCCUACAAAUGGGGAGACGUGCUUGUCUCAAACACGUUCAUUUGCCGUAACUCUCGGCCAGUGUGUGACUGCAUGCAACUACCAGACAAGAGCGCGUGCGGCAGCAGUGACGUGCAACAAGCUAACAAGCGAGGCGCGCAGUCUUACCUCGUGCUGCUCAUUGCGCUGCUUUGGGGACAGAACGCAAAAAAAACACGAGCAUUAGGGUCGCAGGUGCAAGUGGCACAGUCACGUCGCUCACACACUCAAGGACAGCUGCAGCGUGUGGUCCGCUGCUAACAGGCAGAGAUCCACUUCUGCGGUAAGUAAAACUAGAUUACUUAAUGGUUAAAUUUCUCGAUUAUGUCAUCAAAAUGAUUUGAUUUCAUUAUGAAAUAUUGUGUGAAUUAUGUUUCUACAGUUGAUUAUAGGUUACAGCUGCAUCAACAUUCAAAUUAUACAUGCAGCUAGAAUUAAAUGAUUUAAUAAUUGCACACACUUUAUUCAGUUCUGGAUUUUAUUUAUUUAGGCCUAAUUACUAUUCCAUCUCUUAAUUGAUGUCUAUUUUCAAAUGCACUUAUGAAAAAAACAUAACUGAAUGUCAUGAGAACCUUAAUAUAAUAAAUAAUGCUUUAUUUAUGAACUUAACUUACCUUGGCGCUUAACGCAUGUGUCUACAUGAGCCUAUUCAAUUUAAAUCAUGGAAAACCUAAAUUCACAAUAUAUAUUUUUAUAAUAUUUCAUGUUAUUAACCUAGGCAAACUGAGUACGAGAUAAAAAUCUUGCUGUAAAACCAUGCUGUACUUUCAGCAUUUUAAAAACUAAAUAAUGUACUGCAAAACAGAAGUGGAAAAAAUUACAUGGGCAGUUGAAAACCCAACUGUUUUUCCAUAAUAUUAAACUUCAAACGUAAUUUUUAUUUGUUUUGUCAUCUGUACUAGCAGUUAGAUAAAAAUAAAUAAAAUAGUUUAGCAUCAUGUUUUAUCAACACAAUAUGUUAAUGCAAUAUCUUAACUUCAAGAAGACUGAAGCAAGUUUAUCAUGAAGUAUAAUAUCUAAAAAAAUGAGUCGCAUUGUUUUAUUUAACUUAUGUGUAGGAAAAUGGAAAACAGUAAAACCUUAGCACAUUCAUUUCUUUAUUUCGUACUAUUUCUGAAUCAACUGUGCUUGUCACAGGCAGUCAUCUUGCCUCCUCGCAGCAUGAGGCGACAGCUAGGCACAACAGAUCUGACUUCUGCUGUACCCCCACUUUUUAAAAUAGUUUGGACUCUUCUUUCAUGGAAUCAAAUAUUUUUAGCCUUUGAUUCAACUUUGACCGACUUGUGGCUUCCCAUCCUCUAUAAAGUCGUGAGAUUGGUCUACCAUCACGCAACACACAGAAGUAAUAAUUCACUGAAUUAUUUCUAUGCUGAAACAGAUGCUUGCCUUAAAACAAAAUUAUGAUGUAAAUUAAGCACCAGACUCAAAAUGAAAUUAGUGUAACAGCCAUAAAUAACUAAAUAUGGGCGAAAACCAGGAGGAAGGGGGGAGAGAAAUAAAGUUAACUAUAUAGCUAAUUUUGUUAUGUCAUAAAAUAUUAUAUAGGAGUGUGUACAUGAAACACAGUUAUGAGAAAAAAUAAUUUUUAUGUUAAUGUGUUUGCAUAAAAUAUUCUAACACAUGUAUGGUAAAGCUACUUGUUUCAUGUAAUGUAUAAUACUUUUAAGAAUGUGACCAGAAAAAUGCCAAAAUGCCAAACAAACAAUUACGCAGAAAUACAAAAUCUGGACUGAGUGGAUUGUCCUUGUAUGCCCAAGACUAUACUGUAAAUUUGUAUGUAAUCACAUUAUUUCACGGUUUGUGAAAAAUUUCUUUUACUUGUAGGAACGAGAGUUUGAUCACAACGACAUGUCAGGUUCACCGCAGGUGCUAGCUGGUAAGGAAACCCUGGUCGGGCUCACCUGGUCCAGGAACUCGGGCUCCGUGGCCGACGCGUCCCAGCGGUUGUUCAGGAUGAAGAUGUUGGGCUUGGAGAGCCGCAUCGACACCUUGUGGAAAAAGUUCUUCUCCUGCAAGCAACAGCGCAACACUGCAUCAGCUACACAUCGCUGCUGGCAUCAGCUAGAGUUGUGGUCAUCACUUUAACAUAUGGAGACCAUAAAAUAAAAGAAUAAUAAUAAAAAAAAUGAGUCCACCCAAA